ACUAAAAUCUUUAAAAGGAUCUUUUACAACUGAAAAUAACCGAGCAGCUGAAACAUGCUCUGCACAUCUUCUUCUUCUUCUUCUUCACCUCAGCAACAAAACCCCAAUUCUUUGAUCUAACACAAACCCCAAUAUCAAAAGCUUUGUGGGUGUUUCUGAAAACCAAUCAAGAACACAAGAAAACCAUCUAGAUCUGCAAAAACAACAAAAAUUUAGGAUCUUGAGGCUGCCAAUGAGGUAAAGUUUCUUGCUUUAAUGUCUUUAUAGGGUUUCGAGAUUCAAUCAAUUGUGGGUAUUGUGUGAAUGAGAUGAAAGAGAUUUUGGGGGAAAGAAAGCAAUGACUAGUGGGUCAUUGGGUCUAAGAUCAUCAAGCUAUGGGUCUUUGUUACAACAUCAACAACAGUUUCAAAAUGGUGGAGUGUUUAUACAACAAAAAGCAAAUCAAUCUACUCCACCAAUUGCUUCAAGGAAACCUUCAAAGAUGUUUGUUAAGGAGAAUUUGUUGUUGUGGAUCUUUAAGCUUGCUCAUAGGAAGAAGGUUGGAAUGAUGUUCUUGUGUCUUGUUUCAUUAGCAGCUAUGUUGUGGGUACUUUAUGUUGGCAAAGGCGAAGUUACACAAGAAGUUCACAAUAUCCAAAGUUUAGACUUCAAGAAUAAUUCCGUCACUGAUUUUUCACCGAUGAGUGAUGAUGAACUAAAAGUAGAUGUGGUUAAUUCUUCAUUAGCACAUCAUGAAAUCAUGAUCACUUUAAAUAGUGACGAAACAAUUAUAACCGUCUCACCAUCACCGCCACCGCCACCGCCAUCACCGCCACCACCACGUGUUUAUUUCACCGGAUACACCCUUCCUCAUGGCCAUCCUUGCGAAAACUUCCCAAUGCCGCCACCACCCGCAGACAAGAAAAGAACGGGCCCACGUCCAUGUCCGGUGUGUUACCUUCCUGUCGAAGAAGCUAUUGCGAUGAUGCCAAACGCCCCAUCGUUUUCUCCCAUUCUCCAAAACCUAACAUACAUUCAUGAAGAAAAUCUAACCAAAAGUGAAUUUGGUGGCUCCGAAUUCGGUGGAUAUCCUUCUUUGAAACAAAGACUUGAAUCUUACGACAUAAAACAGUCAAUGACUGUCCAUUGCGGAUUUGUUAGAGGAGAUAGGCCGGGCAACAAAACCGGAUUCGAUAUUGACGAUUCGGAUCUUUUUGAGAUGGAUCAGUGUCGGGGAGUGUUGGUUGCAUCAGCGAUAUUUGGUGCUUAUGAUUUGAUUAAACAACCCAAGAACAUGAGUGAAACCGCAAAGAAAGAUGUAUGCUUUUUCAUGUUCAUUGAUGAAGAAACCGCUAGUUUUUUGAGAAACUCAGGUGAUCUUGAUAAUAGCAAACGAAUUGGAUUAUGGAGAAUUGUUGUUGUCCAUAACUUACCGUAUACUGAUCCAAGACGCAAUGGAAAGGUUCCAAAACUUCUGUUACAUAGGCUUUUCCCAAAUGUUCGUUAUUCGUUAUGGGUGGAUGGCAAACUCGAGCUCGUUGUGGAUCCUUAUCAAAUUCUUGAAAGGUUCUUAUGGAGGAAGAAUGCUAGUUUUGCCAUAUCUAGACAUUACAAGCGGUUCGACGUGUUUGUAGAAGCCGAAGCUAAUAAAGCAGCUUCAAAAUACGACAAUGCUUCCAUUGACUUCCAGAUUGACUUUUAUAAAACAGAGGGUUUGACCCCAUAUACAGAGGCUAAACUUCCUAUUAGAAGCGAUGUACCGGAAGGCUGUGUGGUAAUACGGGAGCAUAUUCCUAUCUCGAACCUUUUUACGUGUCUUUGGUUCAAUGAAGUUGACCGGUUUACUUCACGAGAUCAGAUUAGUUUCUCAACAGUGAGGGAUAAGAUCACGUCCAAAACGAAUUGGACCGUUCAUAUGUUUUGGGAUUGUCAAAGGCGAAAUUUUGUAGUUCAGGGAUACCAUCGUGAUAUUCUCGAGCAUUGGCCUCCGCCACCACCACAGCCGCUGCUGCUGCCGCUUCCACAGGCACCUGCUGUUACUAUGCCGCCCUCCAUUCUAAUCGAUGAAACACCAAAAGUUUCGGCUUUAGACAAAACCAUGGAACAUAUUGUAAGUAAUCCCACAAAGAUCCCAUCAGCAAGACGCCGAAGAAGAGUCGGUUCAAGGCGGCCCCGCAAAGUUGCUGUUCGGACAACUCCAAACUAAAAAGAUUUGUAUAUCAAAAAGCUUUUUCCUUCCCUGUUUAGAGAAAUCAUUUUCGGGCUAGGAAAGAUUAUGCAAGAUGAGUAUUUUCCACAUACCGGUCUCGAUCUUCAUCUUUAUAUACGUGUUAGUUUUAUCGGUUUAUCAUUUUUUGUUGUAUAUAUACUUUUAAAAAAAAUCAUGAUCACGAAUUUCACCGCCUAUUUUGCUUCUAA